AUGGGGGGCGACGCCAGCACCAUCGAGGGGGCGCCGCUCCUCGGCGGCCGGCAGGCCUCCAACGACCUCGACACCCCGCCGGUGCGCACCGCGGAGGACGCCGCGCGCAUGGUCUGGGACGAGUCCAAGCGCCUCUGGGGCAUCGGCCUGCCCAUCGCCGUGGGCAUGCUCAGCAUGUACGCCAUCAGCUCCAUCACCCAGAUGUUCAUCGGCCACCUCGGCAACCUCCCGCUGGCCGCCGCCUCCAUUGGCCUCUCCGUCUUCUCCACCUUCGCGCUCGGCUUCCUCCUCGGCAUGGGCAGCGCGCUCGAGACGCUCUGUGGCCAGGCCUUCGGCGCCGGCCAGGUCGCCAUGCUCGGCGUCUACCUCCAGCGCUCCUGGCUCACCCUCGUCGCCGCCUGCGUCCUCAUGACGCCCCUCUUUGUCUUCGCCGAGCCGCUGCUCCUGCUCCUCGGCCAGGACGCCGACGUCGCGCGCGAGUCCGCCAGCAAGUUCCUCCAGGCGCAGAGCAAGGUCACCGUGCCCGCCUACAUCGGCUUCGGGGCGCUCCUCGCCAACGUCCUCCUCAACUACCUCUUCGUCUACGUGCUCGGCUGGGGCCUCCCCGGCGCCGCCGCCGCCUACGACGUCGCCCACUGGAUCAUCGCGCUCGGCCAGAUCGCCUACAUCGUCGGAUGGUGCAAGGACGGCUGGAGGGGAUGGUCCGCCGCCGCCUUCCGCGACAUCUGGGCGUUCGUCAGGCUCUCGCUCGAGUCCGCCGUCAUGCUCUGCCUCGAGAUAUGGUACAUGAGCACCAUCACCGUGCUCACCGGCGACCUCGAGAACGCGCAGAUUGCCGUUGACUCGCUAGGCAUAUGCAUGAACAUAAACGGAUGGGAGGGCAUGAUCUUCAUCGGCCUCAAUGCUGCUAUCAGUGUCCGGGUCUCCAAUGAGCUUGGCUCCGGCCGUCCAAGGGCCGCAUGGAACGCCGUCAUGGUGGUCGUCGGCGAGGCGCUGCUGAUCGGGAUCGUGUGCAUGGCACUCAUCCUCAUCUUCAGAGACAGCUUCUCCAUCAUAUUCACCAGCGACGCCACGCUGCAGCGAGCCGUCGCCAAGAUCGCCGGCCUGCUCGGCCUCACCAUGGUGCUCAACAGCGUGCAGCCUGUGGUUUCAGGGGUCGCGGUUGGGGGUGGAUGGCAAGGCAUCGUUGCCUACAUCAACCUCGGCUGCUACUACAUCUUCGGCCUGCCCCUGGGCUACUUGCUCGGCUACAAGUUCAACUUUGGAGUUGGGGGGAUUUGGUCUGGCAUGCUUUGUGGUAUCACACUUCAGACGAUCAUCUUGCUAGUUGUGAUUUGGAGGACAGAUUGGAAAGCAGAGGCAGCACAAGCUUCAAGCCGUGUGCAAAAGUGGGGCGGCAAAGGCACUGAUGAAGUCAAGCCUCUCCUGCAAUAG